AUGAAUGCGAAGUUUCGCGGGAUGGAGGACUCCUUCAAACAGAUGUUGGCAGAGGCUGUAUCUAGCAUCCGUGAAGACGGGUCUAGCGCAUCAAAGAGAGUUCACCAAGCCGAGACAAUAGCAGCAAACCGUGAUGGGGGAGCAAACCGCGAUAGGGGAACAAGCGCCACUGGAGCAAGCCGAGGGCACGAGGUUCACCAGUCAGCCACUACUUUUCAAAGGGGCGAGAAUGUUAACUUUCUUGUGCAUGGACCCAACCAGCGACAUGUGAAGCUUGAAUUUCCCAAAUUCAAGCAAGGCGACCCUACAUCAUGGGUAAGCAAGGCAAAACAGUACUUUGCCUACCAGGAGAUACCCUUGGAUCGAAGAGUCAAUUUUGCUUCCUACCACUUGGAGGACGAGGCAAAUGAAUGGUGGCAGGCCACGUCAAAAAUCCUAGGUGAGGAGGGAAUUCCGGUCACAUGGGAGAGGGAGUUCGAGAGACUGCAGAACAAGGUAACUGGAUGGACACAAAAGGCGCUCAUCGGUACCUACAUUGGGGGGCUAAAGGAUUCCAUAUCCGACAGUAUCCGCAUGUUCCUUCCGAAAACUCUCAAAUCAGCAAUUGAGUUGGCGAGAAUGAGGGACGAUCAGUUGCAGCGAGCACGACGAUACACCAACAACAACCAGCGGCCUGUUCCAAAAGUCGAAACAAAUCAGAACGUGCAAAAUCAAGAAUCUGCAACACCCAAAAGGUUGAGUUGGGAGGACCUCAAACGCAAAAGAAGCCUCGGGCUUUGUUUUAGCUGUGAUGAGAGGUACACUCUAGGCCACAAAUGUCGCAAAUCUCAACUCUUACUUAUGGAGGGAGAAGACGCAGACGAGGAGGAAGCCAUCUCACAAGAGGAGGAGGAACCGGAAAUCACCUUGCAAGCUCUUACAGGGUGGGACGUUCCCCAGACCAUCAGAACGCCACUUGCAAUCAACAAGCUUCGGACAGUGGUGCUGAUCGACAGCGGCUCCACCCAUAACUUUGUAAGCGAUAAAAUGGCUCUUCGACUGAACCUCCAGAUCUCACCAACGAAACCGUUCAAAGUCAGAGUCGCUGAUGGGUACCCCCUACGUUGUAAUGGAGUGUACCGGCAAAUCCAUACCUCGGUUGACGGUGACGAUUUCACCACUGAUUUCUACGUCCUACCCCUCACCGGACUAGAUGUCGUUCUCGGAAUUCAAUGGCUAUCCUUGCUGGGCCCGACGUUGUGUGGUUGGACGGCCCAAACUCUAGAGUUUACGUGGGCUGGAGAGCGCAAACGGAUCCAGGGCUUGCAACAUGGGCAAAUCAUACAGGCCCAUGCCGAAGAACUCACUAAGGAAGCACAGAUGGGCCAGGCCUAUUUCGCUGUUAGUAUCCAAAAAGAAAACGAUGACGUUUUCACGGUAGCCGGCGAGAUGCAGCGCCUGUUAGAGCGAUUCCCCGGGAUAUUUCAACCGCCGACCCAGCUACCACCAACGCGUGAGAUUGAGCACAACAUUACCCUGAAGGAGGGCUCAGACCCGGUGAACGUGCGGCCCUAUCGAUAUGCUCAUUUUCAGAAGGAGGAGAUCGAAAAGCAAGUCAACGAUAUGCUACAAGCCGGCUUGAUCCGCCCUAGUUCGAGCCCAUUCUCUUUGCCGGUGCUUUUGGUAAAGAAGAAGGACGGGUCUUGGCGAUUUUGCACUGAUUAUCGCGCUCUCAACAAUGCGACAAUCAAAGAUAGGUUCCCUAUACCUACGAUGGAGGACAUGCUUGACGAACUUCACGGCGCCUCCAUCUUUACCUAG